AUGUCGACGGUCACCGGAGGUUGCCUUUUUACGGCAGUUCAUUGUUGUGUAAUGCCCUCAUCGUUGUCAUCAACAAGUAAACUAAAACUACAGCCCCCACCAACACCGACUCUUCGUUUUGCUGUUUCUGGUCAGAUAUCAGCGGAAACGACACCAUUAAAAACUGAAACGACAACGACCAAUUUAAAUGGGAAUGGAAGGUUUAAAAAGAAGCGGGAAGAAGAAGCAGAAACAGAGGGGGAAAAAGAAAAGCAAAAUCCAUAUGUAUUAGAGAUAGAGAAAAAAGAAAUCGAGUUUACAAGUAGUAGAAAAGGCUUGGAUGCUUACUUUGAAGGCUGCAGGAAUUUCAUUAAAUCGGACGGCGGUCCGCCACGGUGGUUCUCUCCGUUAGAGUGUGGUUCUCGCUUGGACAAUUCGCCUCUCCUCCUCUUUUUGCCUGGGAUUGAUGGUGUUGGGCUAGGACUUUGUAAACAUCACCAUACUCUUGGAAGGAUUUUUGACAUAUGGUGCUUGCAUAUUCCAGUGAAGGACAGAACGCCCUUUUUAGGCCUUGUGAAGCUUGUUGAGCGAACAGUAAGAUUAGAGAAUUACCAAUCACCGAAAAGGCCUAUAUAUCUUGUUGGAGAAUCUCUUGGAGCAUGCCUUGCUUUGGCUGUUGCGGCUCGUAACCCUGACGUUAAUCUCUCUCUCGUUUUGUCAAAUCCAGCAACAUCUUUUGAGGAGUCACCACUGCAACCUCUUAUCUCUUUCUUGGAAAUCAUACCCGUCGAACACCAACUUAGCCUUUCCUAUGUCCUGAGCGUAAUGACAGGUGAUUCUUUGAGGAUGGUAAUGGACAAUGCAGUAAAGGGAAUUCCUCUACAUCAAAUAAUUGGAGGGUUCUCAAAAGAUGUUAUUGCUAUGUCAUCUCACCUCAACGAUUUAGCUGCCCUCUUGCCUAGAGAAACACUCCUCUGGAAGCUACAGAUGCUUAGACCAGCUUCAGAAUUCGCCAAUUCACGACUCAGUGCUGUAAAAGCUCAAACGCUUGUACUUUCCAGUGGAAAGGAUCAGUUUCUACCAGGUGAAGAGGAAGGUCAAAGACUUUUUCGUGCACUCCCAAAAUGUGAGAAUCGUAAGUUUAAUGACAGUGGACAUUUCCUCUUUCUGGAAGAUGGCAUUGAUUUGGCAACAAUCAUCAAAGGUUCCGUUGCUUUCUAUCGCCGUGGAAUGUACCAUGACUAUGUUUCAGAUUAUGUACCACCGACCCCUUCUGAACUCAAAAUGUUAUACGAAUCGAAUAGGUUGUUUCUAUUAGCUACAAGCUCUGUCAUGCUCUCAACUCUGGAAGAUGGGAAGGUUGUGAAAGGCCUUGCAGGAAUUCCUUCAGAUGGACCCGUCCUUUUCGUUGGAUAUCACAUGUUAAUGGGACGUGAACUGGCCCCUAUGAUAACCCAGUUGUUGUUGGAAAGAAAUAUUCUUCUGAGAGGGCUAGCUCAUCCACUUGUUUUCAUGAGGAAGAAGAAAGAAGGGAGGCUACCUCCAUUGUCAGAUUUUGAUCCAGUGAGGGUUAUGGGUGCAGUUCCAGUUUCAGGAACCAACUUAUUCAAACUUCUAUCUGCAAAGGCUCAUGUGCUACUGUACCCAGGAGGAGCGCGCGAGGCUGUUCAUCGGAAGGGUGAACAGUACAAGUUAUUCUGGCCAGAACAUUCUGAGUUUGUUAGGACAGCUGCCAGAUUUGGAGCCAAAAUUGUGCCAUUUGGAGUUGUUGGAGAAGAUGAUUUUGGUGAAGUGAUUUUUGAUUAUGAUGAUCAAAUGAAGUUUCCUUGCCUAAGAGAAGACAUUAGAAGAUACACAGAAGAAGAGGGAAUCAAAGUGAGGGCUCAAAUAAAUGGUGAGCUGGGAAACGAAGAUAUGCAUUAUCCAUGGAUUCUACCAAAACUUCCUGGCAGGUUCUAUUACUAUUUUGGAAAACCGAUUGAAACAGAAGGCAGGGAGCUGGAACUGAGGGACAAGGACAAAGCUCAAGAACUGUACUUACAAAUCAAAUCUGAAGUGGAGAAAAACCUUGCUUUUUUGAAGGAGAAGAGAGAAAGCGAUCCGUACAGGAACGUAGUGGCCAGAUUAGCCUACCAGGCCAUGCACGGUUUUACUUCUGAAGUUCCAACAUUUGAGAUUUGAUUGUUCUGCUCAAAGAAAGUUUGCUUUCUAUAAAGAAGAUCAAAGAGCUUUCACUGGCAUAGAGAUAACUACAUGCGUGGUCUAAAUCAUACUUGGCGACGAACAAAUGUAUUUCCUUUCUCCUAUGGAGAAAAAAUAAGUUCAAAUUUUCAAUUUCACUAUUGGCUCCAA